AUGCGCAACGGGAUGGAUGAUUCAAAUCAGCCAACUACUACGACAAUCAGUACGAUUGCAAUAAAUGCUGGCAAAAAAGCAACAAUUGUUGUCGCAUUGCUUAAGAGUGUUGGAUAUGCAUGUCUUCGAAUUGAUGAAAUGCAACCGCGAAUGCUUGAACUUGGAGAAAAUGUGGAAGAAACCGAUGCUUUGUUAGCAACUCAUGAAGAUCUAAUGCAUCGACUUAAGAUACUCAUUAGUAAAGAAGAUCAGGUGGAAGAAUUGCUUGCUCGAGCAGAUAAUUUAGUAAUACAGCAAAAGGAACCCGAUGUCCAUGUUUAUGAAGCGAUGGCUGAAAGUUUGGGUACAGCUUGGAAAGAGUUGAACCGUCAACUUCACAUGCGAGGAUUUUUACUUACUGAGACAAAGCGAUUUUAUGAACUGGCACAACGCCAUGAAGGAAUUAGUUUGAAAGUGGGAAAUAUGCUUCGCAUAACGAUUGAGCAACCGGAUAUCAACGAUUUAAGCAAUAUCUUGUUACAAAUUCAACAACUCAUCGAUGAACUGAUCGAUAUAACCGCAUUAGCUGUAGAUAGUGGAGCGGAUGUGAUAACACAAAUUCGAGUACUGGGCUCUAUGGCUGAUAAUGUAGAAAAUGUCCAAGAAACUGCCCAAGCUUGCUUACUGAUCGAAAAAACUAUGUUAAAGAUGGCGACAGAAUGGGAAUUGCUUGAAGAGUCCUGGAAGAACGAACGACCCAAACUAGAAAUGCAAAUUGAUGAAAGUGGAGCAGUUUUGUCUCAUAUUGAGGAAAUUGAAAAAUGGCUUAAACAGGCACGGAUGCAAUUCAGUGAUGGACAAAACAUCAAUGCAUUGAUACAGCAAGUGCUAAAACAACUUAAAGCAUUAAAAGAUAUUAUACUGACCAUCGAUCGAGGUGGUACAAACGCAAAUCUUCACGAACGAGUCAUGGUAUUGCAAACCGAUUUGGACAAAUUUAUGCAUGAACUGAAGCAAAGAAAAGAUGAAAAUGAUAAAGUCAUUGCAUGGAUUGCAGCUGCAAAUACUAUGUUGAAUCAGUUGAGUGCAAUGGAAACGGAUAUGCGUAAUGCUAAUGCAGCCAUGGCUGGAGAAUUGGCGCCUUUGGCGAGACAAAAAGCGGAAAAGGUAAUUGACGACGGGCGACAAAUUUUUAAUAUUGAUGGACGUGUCAAUCGAUUCAUAAAUGAUAUACAAAGUAAGCUAAAACAAAUUGAGAAUUUGGCUUACGAACGGAUCGAUGAAAGUAAAGAAUUGAUGAAGGAUCAGUUAUAUCGUUUCGAAAAAUGGCUCACAGAAACAGAACAAUCAUUUGCGGUGAAUGGCCGAUUAGGUUGCAGUUUGAGUGAUGCCAUUCAGUUUCAUAAAGUUCACAAGGAUAUGUUCAUUGAUAUUAUCAACAAAGGAUUUGAGCUGAAUGGUUUGUGGAGCAAAACCCAUGAAUUAGGCACAGUUGAUCGUCAGCGCCUGGAAGAAUUUAAGCAACGAUACGAAUCAUUAAAAGAAGCGGUGGAUGAACGCGUUAACCUUGGCACUGCUUUUCAGCAGGUGCAAAAAUUUGCUAAGGAACUCGAGAGUUCAUUUGAGAGUUUGAAUACCUUGAUUUGUUCAAAUCGUACCUAUAUGAACGAAAAAUUGCUCAUACAAAUGAAAGAAGUAUUUCGUAUGAUCGAAGAAACAAUUAGGCAAGAAAAACAUCAAGGUAAUCAGUUUAUUGAUACAGCUCAAUCAGCAAAGGUAAAGGAUUCAAGACUUGAUGUUGAGCAGUCAAUAAAUUCAGUGCGCAAUGUGCUGAAUGAGCAUGAACAGCGGCAAAGAAUGAUCGAGGAAACUUGGCAACGAUGGCAAGAUAAGCGAGUAGAAGAACAGAAAAUAAUCCGAAUUGUUGAAGAGGUCGAAAUUUGGCAAAAGGAAACGAUAGAGAUAUUUCGUACUAUAGAGGAGAAAUUAGAAAGUGCAGCAGUGAUUGAACAAUGUGAAGAAGUGACGAAAAUAAUUGAAGAAAUUGAGGAACGUUUCCAUGAACAAAAACGAAUGAUCGAAAAAGCUGAGCAAAUUCUGAAAGAAACUGAAGGUGAAGAAGCGUUUGAGAAAUUGAUGGCAUCGAAAAGGCGCCAGGAGCAAAUUGAGGAGCGGUUUAUACAACUAAAUGAGAGAAUCCGAGAUGUGGAAAAACGAAUUGAAACGACAAAGGGAAUGACGAAAGCUCCAGAAAUCACAAGUCAUUUACGUGAUACACAAAUCGAUGAAGGUGAUAGAUUCGAAUUUACAGCUUAUAUCAAAGGUGAACCAAUACCUGAGAUACGAUGGUUUAAGGAUGGUCGAGAUGUGAAAGAUAAUAUUGAUUAUCGCACUACUUUUGUCAAUGGGGUUGCUACCUUAACUAUCGAUGAAACGUUUAUAGAAGAUACAGCCGUUUACACGGUACGUGCUCAAAAUGUUGCGGGCUUGGCCGAAUUUUCUGCAAAGCUCGUUGUCAAAUCUCGGAGCGAGAUGGGACGAGAAAUGGAGGAAUCAUUUAAACCGCGUUUCAUCCGACAGUUGCGCAAUAUUACCGUGAACGAGGGUGAUGAAACUUUUCUCGAUUGCAUUAUUAUAGCCGUCCCUGAGCCAAAGGUGGUUUGGUAUAAAGAUGAGGAUGCGAUAAGGGAAUCGGAACAUAUCGAACUUCGAUUUGAAGGCGAUCACUGCUCAUUGAAAGUAAAGAACACAAACAUGAGCGAUGCUGGUCUUUAUACAAUUAAAGCGACGAACACUGUAGGUGAAGCUACCAACUUUUGCCGUCUAACAGUGCAAUCGCCAUCGACUCCAAGAAGUAUUAUGAUACCACCUUCAACAUCUUCAGAGCCAAAGUUUCCCUUGAUUACACCAUCGUUUGCACCACCACUUACCAAUCAAGUUGUCCAGGAAGGUGAACGAACUGUUUUCGAGGUACGCGUAUUUGGUGAACCACCACCAACGGUUCAUUGGAAACAUAACGACAGAUCAUUGCACACUCUGGAUGCACGUACGGAAAGCGAUAUCAAUGGAUGGUAUAGAGUUGUCAUCGAAAAUGCCCUUCCUAAACAUUCGGGGAUGUAUACUGUUAUUGCAAAGAAUAAGGUAGGUGAAGCAAGAUCAGGCGCCUCACUUCACGUAGAAUCUCGACGGAUAUCGCUGGAACAAAAGGACACAAAUAUUGUUCAAACUAUGACGGAAGGCUUUUGGAGUGACUCCGCAAUAAUGUCAUCCCCGACGCCACCACCCAUACCCAAACAUCGUUAUCAUCAUUCAGAAAUUGAAGAAUACGCUGAAAAAUUAGUCACCGAAAUUGGGUGCAGUCCCACCGCUACUGUUCCGGAAUUCAUUCGACCAUUCCAGAAUGAAUAUAUUGUCAAAGAAGGCGAGAAAUUUAAAAUGGAUUGUCUGAUGAUUGGUAAUCCACGCCCCAAAGUGCGCUGGUAUUUCAACAAUCAGAUCAUCAAUAUUAAUUCGAAGUUCUGCACGUUGUCAAAUAUUGGUGAUACUUAUUCGGCAAUAUUGGAGCCGGCUCGCUUGGAUCAUGCUGGUGUUUACAAGAUGACAGCAGAGAACAUACGGGGCGAAACAGAAUCCCUAUUUGUGGUGCGUGUGCUACCGCGAUCCCGCAAACCUACCACAGUUGAGCAUGUUCAUGUAACCGAAGAGUAUGGUGCUUAUGAGUACGAACAACGGGUACCCGAUGAAUAUUUCUCACAACAGUUGGAGUAUGUGAAUGGUAAUUUGAGGAUGCGUGAAGAGGAGCAACGUCGCCUAGUAGCCAAACAACAUUCCACACGAUUUCUUUCUCCUCCCCCAGCUAAGAAACAACAAUUACAAACAACAUGUUCCCAGCAACACAAUUUGUCGGAUCGUUUUGAUAUUGAAGAGAACCGAGAACUUGGUCGACCGCCGCAUUUCACGCAGACUUUGGUGUCUGCAGUAGCUGCUUGCGGUGAUGAAGCUAAGUUCCAAGGCAUUGUCAUCGGAUGGCCUAGUCCUGAAGUUACUUGGAAGAAAGACGGUGUUCCAAUAUCUAAAACCACCAAUCCUGAAUUAACUUUCUCCAACAUAGGUGGUCAUGUAUCAUUGACCUUUCCUACUUCACAGCUUGAACAUUCCGGCAAAUAUAUGUGUACCGCCAAGAACUCAUCCGGUGUCGCCACAUCAAGUGCCCAACUUGUUGUCAGGCCACAAACUGUGGCACCUGACUUUGUACAGCGAUUAAUUAGCGAAGAAGUCGCAGAAGGUGAUAAAUUGAAAUGGACCGUUCAGGUAACUGGUGAUCCAGUACCGGCAAUAACCUGGAUGAGGAAUGGUCUGGUUAUUCCACAUUGUGAUGAAGUUCGCCUCAUCGAUGAGGGUAAUGGCAUACAUUCCAUGAUUAUUGUUAGAGUUGAAAUGGCUGAUAGUGGACAAUUCACUUGUCUUGCCGAAAAUAUUGCCGGCGAAGCUCGUAGUACAGCCGAUCUCGUGAUACGACCUACUGGUUCUGAACCGGGCAGUUAUUUCCACGUGACAAAGGUAACGCAGGAGAAGAAGGUGAAAGGGGAGGAAGUAAAUCGAAACGAAAGUUUUUCAAUUGAAAAUCCACGUAUGUCAGUAGGCUAA